UCAAAAUUCGGCAAAGAAGAUUUUUUCCUUUCUCAUCGAAAGCAAAUAACAUUGCAAAUAAUUAGAAAUUAUAUCCUUUGACAAAAAUUUUCUGAAAUGUUUCAGCCUGCUUCAGUCUCACUGUCUGGGCCAGCAUUUUCAUUUUUAUUAUAUGAAACAAGUAAAAGUUCUGUGCGACAAGAUGGCUUUUUACUCGGUGAAAUAAUCCACAGAGAGAUAACAUCAAUAACUGAUAACGAUCAAAAGCAGGUAGAUAUUUCUAAAAUAAUUAAAAUUAAUUCAAUUGUGCCAUGCCCAAAAGGAAACUAUUAUGUGAAAGGUCGAGUUGAUCAACAGAAGAUACGUAGAUUUCUUGGUCCAAAUUUCACAAAGGUAGUGGCAUGGUACAAAUAUGAACCUUUUUCAAGCCUUAAGUUUACAUUGAGAGACCGUAUUCUGCACAAACAAUUUAGGGAACUGUUUGACAUACCACCAGACUUGUUUUCAUUUUGCUCUCUAUCAAUGGAACACACAGACACAUUAUCGAGCUAUAAUUACCAACAAACUUUUCUAAGAUAUUCUAAUGGAUAUUUUGACAGGCUUACCGUUCAUAUACCAAAUCUAAGUGAAUCUAACAACACUUAUAAAAAUUCUGAGGCUGCCUCUGAAGUUUUCGAUAAAAUUCUAUCAACCAUAAAAAUGGAUAUUGAAAAUACAAAGGGUGUGGUUGCAGUAACAGAAAUUCAAAAUGCAGUACAAAAUUAUAUUAAUAAUACUAUAUCAGAUUUAGCCAAAGCAGAAGAAACUUUGUACAAUUUAGAAAGUGAAAUAGAAGCUUUAAAGUUAGGUAGGGCACCAGAAUUAAAUUCGUCUAAUUUAAAUGAUAGGAGUGUAACAGAUAAUUCUGAUGACAUGAUGUCAUUUGAAGAGACCAGUGAAAUAAAGGUACCUGUAAGCAAUGAAAGAUCAGUUGAGUCUCCAGAGGUAUUAAUAAAAACUCCAAGAUCGAGAAGCAGAUCAGAUAAAAAAGCAGAUGAGGAUAUUGAUAAUUUGGAAAAUAUUGACUCAAACAGAAAAGACGAAUUGAAUCAGAAUACCGUACAAAAUUCUCCCGAAUCCACAAGAACAGUUUACAAUCAAAAAAGUAAAAUCAGAGGAAGACCUCGAAGAAAAGUACUAUAAUUAAGACAAGUGACUUUCAAUUACCUAUAUAUUUUUCUUUGCUAAAACACCUAAAAGUUUUAAAGUUUUUUUAUGCAAAUUUUAAUGCAAAACAUGCUUUAAUAAUAUUAAAGGCAAAUUAUAAAGAUAUUUUUCUAGGUAAUUGCAUACUAAUAUACUAAUUCUUUUCUUGCUUACUAAAAAUACUGUAAUAUAUCAUUGUCUGAAUUAUUUGCUCAUCUGCUAGGUAUUUUUAGAUACUUACAAAAACUAUUAAAUUUAUUCUAAUUGGAUUCUCGUUAUGCAUUUAAAAAGUAUAUUGUUUGGAGAAGGAAAUAUUAACUUCACUGGUUAAAAUAUCAGAUUUAUACAGAUCUAUUGAUUAAAAAAAAUAUAUUUUAUUAAAGUUAGAAGUUAUGGAUUGUUUUUUUCUUAAUUUUUAUCUUAUAUUACUAAGUUGAAUUACUUUAGUUUGAUUCCUUUUUAAACUAUGUUAUAUUCAGUUAUAAUGGCUUAAAUAUCUUAUUAAAAUUGUUGAUUUUUUAUGUAAUAAAUAUAAUAUUAAAAAAUUUUGUAUUAUUAUGUAUAUAUAAUCUUUUUGUACUGUAUUUUCUUUAAGUAAAUAUAACUUAGUAAUAGCGCUAUGUGUAUUUUUUUAAGUAAUUCAUACUAAUUUUGUUCUGUAUAGUUAAUCUAUUUUAAAUCUUAUAUAUACAGUCUGUCCCCGGAUUGUCUCUACAAGAGGAAAAACCCUUUUAUUAUUGACAUUUUGAGAAACAGGAUAUAAUAAAUAACACUAGAUUUCCCAUUGAAUACUAUUUAUUAGUUCGUCCUGUUCCCGAAAAACUUACAAUAUGAUAACACAUUAAACUAGAACCUAAAAGUAUAUAAAAUAAAAAUUUUGAUGUUAAAAUGCCUUUUCUUAAGUAAUAUACAAUUAAUCCUAUUAUUACUCAAUAAUAUAAAAUUAUAUAUAAACUAUCAAAUAACAGGAAAAUUUGUAUUACUUUGAGUGUAUUACAUAAAGAAUGUUGUGGGGUCUUUCAAAAUAAAAUUGAGUUCCAGUGAUCGGGUUUCGCGAACAUAGAAAGUAUUCGAUUUUUCUAUAUUUUCUAAAUAUAACAAUGAUAAAAUGUGUUGUAAUCGCAUAGUUUCAUAUGCGCCACAAUAUAAAGUAUUCAUUUUAUUUGUAAGAUACAUAUAUAACUUAGAUUUUAGUACUAUUACAUAGAUAAAUGCUACAUCAUAUUAUAUUUGCAAUGUAUCUUAAAACUACAAAUUACACAGAUUUUUCUGUAUUACAUUUACAUAUUGUAUGGCAGUAAUUCUAAACAUAAAUCUAUAAAAAUUAGAUAAAAAACAAACCGUUGCUAUAAGGUAAAAUAACAGUUUGUUGCGAUAUAUUACAACAUUUUUAGAA